AUGCCCAUCACUUACGGGCCUCAGCCGUUGCAGAAACUAAAUACAGAGACCAGGCAUGGAUUUGGAGACCAGUACUUGUCAGAGCAGUUUCUGGAGUCUCUUGAGAAUGACUUCAUGUUUUACUUUGACGAUAAACGUCACAAAACCAAUGGAAAUCCUACGUCCCGCGAAGAGAAGAAGCGGGAUCCGGAUCGGUACUAUCAACCCAUCAAGGACUGGAAAAUCCUCAAAGAACGACAAAAAACUGUUUCUGCAGCGCUCCUACUCUGCUUAAAUCUCGGUGUCGAUCCGCCGGAUGUAGCAAAGACCCACCCGUGUGCACGUCUUGAGUCGUGGGUUGAUCCGCUCAACUUUCAGGACUCGAAAAAAGCCAUAGAGCAGAUCGGCAAAAACUUGCAAUCGCAGUAUGAGACUUUGUCACUUAGGACUCGCUACAAACAAUCUCUCGACCCAUGUGUCGAAGAUGUGAAACGAUUUUGCAAUUCCCUCAGACGCGCCUCAAAAGAUGAACGCAUCCUAUUUCACUACAACGGCCAUGGCGUACCACAACCCACAACGUCGGGCGAGAUGUGGGUAUUCAAUCGAGGCUACACUCAGUAUAUCCCCGUGUCACUUUACGAUCUUCAAACAUGGUUGGGGGCACCAUGUAUCUACGUCUAUGACUGCAACAGCGCUGGAAAUAUUGUCACCAAUUUCCAGAACUUUGUGCAGAAAAGAAUAAAAGACGAUCAAGAUGGCAAUCAUGAUGCUGCUGCUCCUUCACCAACUCAAGCUUAUACCGAGUGCAUUCAAUUGGCAUCUUGUAGGGCAAAUGAGCUAUUACCAAUGAAACCAGAACUGCCGGCAGAUUUAUUCACUUGCUGUCUUACAUGUCCCAUAGAAAUUAGCGUGGAUAUCUUUCUAAUGCAAUCGCCCUUAAGAGAAACCAAGUAUGCGAUUUUAUUCCAAAACAAUGAUGAACGAGCUCAACCGAAUGGAGACAAGUCGUCGUCUGCAAAACCAAAUGUAACAAUACCGGGUAAGUUAUCCGAUAGAAGAACACCCCUUGGUGAACUGAAUUGGAUAUUUACUGCCAUAACUGACACGAUUGCUUGGACCUCGCUCCCUCGGCCCUUGUUCAAGAAGCUAUUUAGACACGACCUUAUGGUCGCAGCGUUAUUCAGGAACUUCCUACUCGCAAAAAGAAUUAUGCCUUGGUUCAAUUGUCACCCAAUGUCUGAUCCAGAGCUUCCCGACUCAAUCGCCGAUCAUGCAAUGUGGAAAUCUUGGGAUUUAGCGAUUGAUGAAGUUCUCAGCAAACUUGUUAGUGAUCUCCAAGCUGCCUCGUCCAAUACCUCCGAGUCUGAAACUCAAGUCAUACUGCAAGAACAACAACUGAACGGAGGUGACGAACCUCUUUUGUCGAAGGCCCCCGCAGGGACAUUGAGUACAAUGUCUCUCGCCAAUCAUCAAUUGGCUAGCGCCCACCAAAUUCCCCAACAUCUUGCUCAACAACAACAAUUGCAAAAUCUCCAGAUGCAGCAGCAACAACAACAGCAAUUCACGGGAUUCUUCGAGCAGAAUUUGACUGCAUUUGAAUUAUGGGUUAAGUAUGGAUCUAAUACACGCCAUCCGCCCGAACAACUUCCUAUAGUCUUACAAGUUCUAUUGUCACAGGUUCAUCGUGUUAGAGCCUUGGUUUUACUGUCCCGAUUUCUUGAUCUGGGACCUUGGGCUGUGUAUUUAUCGCUUUCGAUUGGUAUUUUCCCUUAUGUUCUAAAGCUUUUGCAAAGUCCGGCGCCGGAAUUGAGACCUAUUCUCGUGUUUAUUUGGUCUCGCAUAAUGUCAAUUGACUACAAGAAUACCCAAGCCGAGCUCAUAAAGGAAAAAGGUUACCUGUAUUUUGUCAAGAUGUUGGUUCCAGAGUUAGGUACUACUGUUGCUAGUCCAGGGGCGCAUAUUCAGAGGACUGGUAGUGGAGGUGGCCUAACUAUGAACGCAAAUGCCAGCUUGGGGACGCAGCGCUAUCAACUGUAUCAAAACCAACAGAACUCAAGCACAAGUGGCGCCGUGAUUUCGGUCAAUAAUACAACUGAUGAGCAAAAGGCAAUGGCUAUAUUUGUUUUAUCUUCGUUCUUACGUGACUUUCCGCUCGGUCAGAAGUGUGCCUUCUCAUUAGAAUUGCUGAGUAAGUUGUGUUAUUAUGUUGAAGCUUCUGAUGUUCCUCUCUUGAGGCAAUGGUGUAUUGUUCUUUUGGGACAACUCUACUACAAAAAUCCACUAAACAAGUACAUUUGCAUGACUUGUGGUUUCUUGGAUAAAAUCUACACAUCUUUAAAGGAUCCUAUUCCAGAGGUCCGUUGUGCAGCUCUUUUAGCAAUAAACAUGUUCCUCUCUGAAAAGGGGGAACCAGAGCUGGCUUUGCAACUACAACAGGAAAUGCAGCAGCAAUGUCAACAACUGCAAGCUCAGCUGCAGUCAUUUCAAUCCUCGGGGCAGAUGCAACGACAACAAGCACAGGCUGAACGUCAACUUCAACAGCUUCAGACUCUAUUGUCUCAGUUGAGAAAUAUGGAUUCGAGAAAACUAAAGCAAGAAGAAAUAAAAAUGACAAUCGGAGCUUUGGGAUUGGUGAAUGACGGUUCUCCUCUUGUGAGGAAAGAGCUUAUCAUAUGUCUUUCUCAAUUGGUACAUCGUUAUAUUAACUUUUUCUUUGUUGUUGCGUUUAAUGAGAUAUGUGAUGAAAUUUCGCAACUAGAAUCCACCUGGGAAGACUGUGGCCUUGAUAGUAAGCAAUCAGUGGCACAUGGCUCUAUUUUCAACACCGUUUGGAAAUCACUUCUCAUUUUAACUGAAGACCCAUACCUUGAAAAUAAGUCGUUAGCUCAGCAAGUUGUGGACUAUAUCUUCAUCAAGCUAAGCGAUCACCAGGAACUCAAUGAAGUGGUCGUACUGAUGGAAUUGUAUUUGAUGAAACAUACAGGAGGGAAUGGAAAUGGCUCAAACUCGGGGCAAGCAUUAGUAUCAACCCUGCCGACUGCGAAGCGGCCUACUAGCCUAUCAGUAAACGGCAAAGAAAGUAGCCGAGAUGUUGCGGACCAAACAACGCACAGUUUUUCGAGAAGAAUAGUCUCGCUAAGCGGGCUUUUAAAGUCGCUCGGAUGGCAAAACGACAAUAAUGAGUCUUUAGGGGAGACUCCUGGUAGGCGCGCUUUCGAAAGGCUUCAAGGCACAAAUCUUUUGAGUGUACCGCACGGAACUGCGCCAACGGCGGUAACUCCGAAGUUCAAAAAGCAUACAGGUCCUAUCGAGGUACCAUUAGUCAGUAAAUUUUUGAAUUACUCCAGUGAGUAUUUCCAAGAGCCUCAAAUGAAAAGACAAGAAGCAGACGAGCCAGGAAGUGUCGAAUAUACUUCAAGGCUCUGGCGGAGGAACAGGAACGAGUCUAUCAUACAAAGAACUCAAGCGCAGAAGAAACUCUCGCUUUACGGCGACUGGUCGAACAAUAUAGCCACCUUAGAAAACAAGACUCAACCGAAAAUUCUAAAGUUCAGUCAAUUUGAAAAUUACGUUGUAUCCUCAGAUGACAGGGACAACAUAUCAGUUAUUGAUUGGGUAGAAAACUCAAAGCUUGCAACAUUUUCUAAUGGAAAUCCGUUCGGAACCAAAAUUACCGACAUCAAGUUUUUGAAUGAAGACGAUAUACCACUGUUGCUGUCUGGAUCAUCUGAUGGUAUCGUGAAAAUUUAUAACAAAUUCCACGACCUAGAUGAGCUUGAACUUGUCUCCUCGUGGAGAGGACUCACGGACCUUUUAUUAACUCCAAGAUCUACCGGGCUGCUGACUGAAUGGCAGCAAAGUAGGGGCUCGCUCUUAGUCACCGGCGAUGCCAAGAUUAUACGAAUUUGGGACGCUUUGACGGAAACUGUCGAAGUGGACAUUCCAGCCAAAUCCUCAUCAUUGAUCACCUCCGUUACGUCGGAUCAGGUUUCUGGAAAUAUGUUUGUGGCUGGCUUUUCUGAUGGAUCUUUGAGGGCUUACGAUCGUCGCGUUGACCCUAGAGAUUCUAUGGUAAGAUCUUGGAGGGCAAACAAUGGCAAAUCUAAUUCAGGAAUAAAUAAUGUUCACUUGCAAAGGGGCGGGUACCGAGAAUUGGUUAGUGGAACGGACAACGGUCAGAUUGAAUUGUGGGAUCUCAGGAGCUCUAACUCUAUUGGCACAUUCAACGAUGAAAGCGACAAGAGCGGAUCAGCAAUGACCCGAAUGACCACCAUGACAUCGAUGCAGGUACACGAGCAUGCCCCGAUCAUUGCAACUGGUACCAAACAAUUAAAGAUUUGGACUACGUCAGGUGACCUUUUAUCGAGCUUUAAGAAUACCCCACAGACACAUGCAGGCGGUGUGGCGGGUACACUUGCAACUGGUAUGAGCGGCUCGAGAAUAUCGAAUUCUUUCAUCUCCACAAUGGCCUUUCAUCCACAUGAAAUGAUAUUGGCAGCGGCGAACUCGCACAACUCAAGCAUCAAUAUUUAUGAAUGCCAUGACGCAAGAUCUGACUACUUGUAUUAUUGA